GGACGAAUGUGAGCUUUAGGCCAGCCCCCAGAGCUGCUGCAUGUUUCAAGUGAAGUCCUCACUCGCUCUGCUUUGUCAGUUUGACAGUAACUUACUCCCACACGCCGCUCGGCUGGAUUCUCCCAACUAAAAGGCAGAUGAAGCGCCGGAUAAGAGCAGCGCCGAAGCAGUUCCCAGGGCUGUAUGAUCAACGAGGACUCAAGAGCACCGUCUUCUGGUGAAAAUCAAAACAUCUGCACUUUGUAUAAACUUCAUGUAACCCUUUAAUUUGCUGAGGGAGCGCUGCCCCUUUUUUCGCAUCUAUUUUGAUCUGAGGAAUUUUUACUGGCCCCCUGCCAGUGCCAAACAUGACUCUUUAGCAACCGAGCGCAAGAGGGUUGAAAGAAACAAACCGGCGGGAUGACGGGUUCAAGUUCUGCAAAAAACGUCUCCACCUCCCUCAACGAGUCCUUCUGCAGCAACCCAAACUCAUCUGUCAUUGUGGAUCACUAUAACUACACCGGCAAGCUAAAGGAUGGUCGCUGCCAUGACGGGCUGAAACCUGAGAGCAUCGCGCUGUUGGUGCUGUGUGUUAUCAUCAUCCUGGAGAAUGCUGUGGUUCUCCUCGCUAUUUGGAGGAACAAGAAGUUCCAUCUGCCCAUGUUUUACCUUCUGGGAAACUUGACUCUGUCCGACCUUCUGGCUGGGAUCGCUUAUAUAGCUAACAUCCUCAUGUCUGGACCGCACACCUUAAAACUGACACCUUUGUUGUGGUUCCUCAGAGAAGGAGGGGUCUUCAUCACUUUGGCCGCCUCUGUUAUUUGUCUGCUGGCCAUUGCAAUCGAACGCCAUUUCACAAUGAUGGCCAUGCGUCCGUACAACGGGGCCAAGCGGGGGCGGAUGAUUGCCCUUAUCGUGGCAAGUUGGGCCCUGGCAGGUUUUCUGGGGGUGCUUCCCAUUUUGGGAUGGAACUGCAUUGGGAAAAUGGACCAGUGUUCAACAGUGUUCCCGCUUUACGCCAAAAGCUACAUCCUCUUCUGCGUCUCUGUGUUCAGUGCAGUGCUUUUGGCCAUCGUGGUCCUUUACGCCCGAGUUUUUCACAUUGUGCGCACCAACACACAGCGCCAGAAGCUGGGCCUGACAAGCCCCACGAGAAAAAGUUUGCUAAGGAAGUCUAAGAAAUACAUAGCCCUACUAAAGACAGUGACGAUUGUUCUGGGCAUCUUCAUCGCUUGCUGGCUGCCUCUCUUUGCCCUCUUCCUCGUAGACUUUUUUUGCUCCAAUGGCAACUGCCAAGUACUGUACAAAGCCGACUACUUCCUGGGGCUAGCCAUGAUCAAUUCACUCCUUAACCCCAUCAUAUAUACUCUGACCAAUCGGGACAUGAGAGUGGCCAUUCUAAGGCUGCUGUGUCUGCCAUGUCUGAUGGCCACAGGCGGACAGAUCCACAAGUUCGGCACAUUCCUGGAGUACAGUUUCAGCAGGAAUGAAGCGGGCUCUCAGAGGAUGGAAGCGGGGCAGGAGUCGAUCAUUUCCACCGGGAAUAUAAUCAACACUUCAUCUCAAAUUAAAGCUAUUUAUCCCAAGCUCUUCAAGUCGUAGACUCUGGCACAGGACAGCAACAAACUGGUAUUUGUUGGAAUUUAGUUAAGUGUAAAACGUGAAAGAGGUGCAAAAAUAAAUGUGGAAACUGUAACAUGAACAGACAUUCUGGUCUAAAUGUGAACUAGAAAACUGGGCUCAUAAUAAGCCUCUCUAACUUUGAAUGCACUGAUGACAGACUCAUCAUGAAAGUAAAAAGCUUUGGGAAAAAAUGGCCUUUUCCAGUCGUGAUGGUGUCAAACAGGUACGGCAUGUAGGUCAACCUGUAUCACCCGGAUCUUCAAGUUGAAUGGUCUGCUGCAUCUGCUCUGAUAAAAUCCUCAGCACCAUUACUGCUUGUGUUUGUGUACGUGGAGUUUUGCGGAGACGGACAGACAUCUGAAAAGAGGGGAGUUUUGAAAACACAUGAAGAUUGUUGUAGUUUUACUGUGGGAGGGAGGAAAGUUUCUCUAACUCUUUUGAUUCACCAGAGAGUUAACCAACCAGAAGUUGGAAAUCUUUUUUUCUGUUGCAUCAAAAUGUCAACACAUCUGAGAUGUGGCAAAAAAAAAAACAUUUUUGUGUGUUUUAUGGUAAUAGUUUGACUGCGACUGAAACCACUCAGUUAUGAAACCACAGUUUUUUUGUGUGUGUGAAUAAAGUUUUCAUUUAUCAGCAGCUGCGGUUGUUUAAAGGAUAAGAAUUUAUCUGCACUUAUAACUUAUUUCAUGGGGAUUUAAGGAAGAUCCAGGGCUGUAACUACAAUACUUCUUUCUGUCAAUCAUCAUGAACACUUCCACAUAUCUUAAAGUAUCUGUGGCUGACAUUUACAGUCGAAAUGGAUGAAUGUGAGAGUUUUCUAUUUGGCUUUGAACGUCAAUGUAGCAAAAAUGUUUCAUUUCUGAAAAAAGUGUUGUUUAUAACACUUGUAAUGUGAAUAGUAUUUUGUUACCUUCCUUUUCAUACAAAUAAUAAAAUAUUUUCCUAGAC